AUGAUAAUUAUAAAAAAGAUAAUACUACUAUUUUCAUACAUUAUAUUCAGCUAAAUAAUUUUAUCUUAUCAAUAAUAAUUUCAAAUUUAAGAGAACAAUAUUUUAAUAUACGACUCAAAUCCAAUUAUUUAAUAAAAAUUAUAUAAGUAUGGUGAUUAUUUGACAUAAAUAUUAACUUUAUAAUAAGAAAAUAUUAGUGCUAUAAUUUUUAUUUUUGGGGGUGAAAAUAUAGUUGUUUUCUAAUAUGAAUAUAAUAAUGAUUUUAUAAAAUUUUCUUAUAAAUUAGAAAUAAAGGUAAAAACAGGUCGAAUUUAUAAUAAUAGGCUUUAUGUCGCAACUGAGGAAAAUGAGAUUAUUUAAUUUGAAUAUAAAAAUAAGAAAUUAAUAUAAUUAUAAUAAAUAUUGAUUCCUCAAAAUAAAAAAUUCGAUUAAUUUAUUUUAAUUAGGCUUAAUGUUUUUUAUUUAUUUUCUUUAAACGAAUUUAUUUUUUUAGAUUAUUAAAAUUAAAAAUCCGAAACUCCUUUAUAAAUAUUUGAAAUUCCUUUAUAAAAAUUGCCUUUGGAAAUUUUGGUCGUCUAAAAUUUUAUUUUUAUAUCAUAAAUUUAGGGCGAUAUUCUCCUUUUUUAUUUCAAGGAAGAAAAUAUGACUUUUAAAUAUAUAAAAAAAUUAAAUAUAAUAGGAAAAUAGUCUGAAUAAAUGUAUUUUUUUAAAUAAAGUAGUAUUUUUUAUUCCCUUUCGAGAGAAUAUGGACUCCGUAUUUCAAAUAUAUAGGAAAUUAUAAAUUAAAAUUAGAAUUUAGAUAUUUUUUCGAGGAAAAAAGAAGAGGAUUUUUUGAUAAAAAUAAUUGGUUUAACAUAAAGUAUGAAUUUUUUCCAUAUUGAUAGUGUUAAAAAGGAGCUUUUUUUAAGUGUAAGGACUAGCGGGGUUAUUGUAUAUAAUAUUGAGGAUUUAUAAAAUCCGAAAAUUAUAUAAAAUAUAGAAUAUGAAGGACUUUCAAAUAAUAUUUUUAAAAUUGGGGAUUUAUUGGGUUUUAUGAGUGAUUUUUAAUUGCUGAUUUUCUAGAAAAAAAAAGCUAAUACAAAUUAGGAAAUUUUAAAUAUCUAUAAUGUAGAAUAGUGUUUAUCCCAAGAAUUAUCUGGUGAAUUUUGGUCUUGGGCAGUUUAAAUUAGUAUACAUUAUACGAAGUUAUACGAGUUAGUGCGGGAUAUACAGGGGUUUUAAUAUAUAAUAUGGAGGAUAUUUACAAUCCAAAGAUGA